AUGGGGAAAGAUGCACUGGUCCUUUGGGAGAGAGAUGAAAAUGUGAUGGGCACUGUGCAUUACACGUCGGGGGAAGAGAAGUGGAUUCCGGCUGAAAACGGUGUACUCCUGGAAGCGUUUGAUACAAAAAGUGUUGAUCGUGUAUGCCUAUCAAGCUUGAAGGAAUUGCACGAUCAUUGUAUUGAAAAAGACGUAAUUAAAAAUGUGUUCGUAAUGAAGCGGAUUCCUGUUGAUAUCAAAAUCGAGAAAAUUAUGGAGCAUCUGGAAAGUAAAUGGGAAGCGAAAAUCCCCGAAAUCGAUCAUUAUAUGGGCGUUUGGAUUGCCGGAAUAUCACAUCGGGUCUCCGAACGUUUGGAGUCUGAUUCAACCCACAGUAUAUUGGAAGAUUAUGACCCUUGUGAACGAUAUAUUUUUGCACUUUAUGGAGUUUUCAAAAAUAAUACUAGGGUCGAAAUGAGUUACGCCUCAUAUGAUGCAGAACAAUACAAUAUUGACAUGCAAGCGUUCCCGUACAAGGUCCAUUGGACGGUCUUAGUAUGGAAACCUCCAGAAGACUGCGGGUCGGCUCUGACUGCCGAAGUGGUCAUGAAGAGUAAAUCUAAUACUUUAUUAGACACGAUCAAUCUGAACAAGGGUAGUUUGAUUCUACCAACCUCGUUUGUGAAUGAGACGUGCCAGCUGACCGUGGUCGGUCGGAACCGGGAACACAACUAUGUCCUGUCGAACAGCACACGCACAUUUGCACAGAUUCAAAGUGAGACAACAUGA